UUUAAAUGAAACAAAAACCCAAUUCACUUGUACACCACCUUAGAGAGAACAAAAAGAAAGAACCUAACGAGAAAAAUGCAAUCGGCGAAACAGAAGCUAAGCGAUAUGGCUAGUACCGCCAAGGAGAGGAUAUGUGAAGCAAAAGCAGCUGUGGAGCAGGCGAUGGCACGUACAAAAGAGGAAAAAGAGAUAGCACACCAACGUCGAAAGGCCAAGGAAGCAGAGGCUAACAUGGAUAUACCCAUGGCUAAAGCUGCUCAUGCCGAAGAAAAGCUUAUGGCUAAGCAAUCUCACUACCACCUUUCUCAAGGUCACGUGACUCAUGGCGCUCCUGUGCCGGCUCCUGCGCCAGUUAUAGGACAUGGUUACCGGCAUAAUCCUCCCGAGGUCACAUCUGUACCACCUGCGGCGUACCCUCCUCCGACGGGACCUCAUCAUCAUCAUCAUCAUCCUUAUGGAAACGUUUAGUGACUUUUUUAUAAGUUAAAAAGAAAAAACUGGAAUACUAUAGUUAGUAAGACGUUGAGAUGACUUACUUUACGAGAAAAAAAAAAUAUUUUAAUAUUUUUUUUUGGAAAAGUGUGAACCUCUGGAUUGAACCUUCAAUGUAGAUGUUCUCAACGUUUUAAUUACUGAAUUUAUCUCAUAAUUAGGAGUGAGCGCGGAACCUGAAGUUCGUAACUUCAGAUUUGGGUUCGUGUCUAGAUAAUUUUUUACCCGAUUUGGGCCCGCUUUUUUGUAAGUAACAAAAAUAAUUAAAUUGAAAAACAACUAAUAUAAUUAAAAUAAUAUCACAUAAUACAAUAAUCUUUGUAAUACGUACCAUUUGAAGAAGUGAUUUACCAACCAGCAGCAUCGUUGACAAAAAAAAAAAAAACCAGCAAACCUCCAUUUUUGAUAAUCAAUGAUUUUGAUAAAAUAUGACAACUAAUCAAAAAUUUUAACUUAUAUCUCCUGUACAAUGUGGAGGGUUUAUAGUGGAUCCGGGCUCAUGAUAGGCCGAGCUUUCUACGGGCCAGGCAGCAGGCUGAGUAAUAGUAACCCUAAUUAUUAAUUAACAAUUUAACAUCUAAAAGUAAAAACGCUAACCUAGGGAUACCGGUUCUUUCCUAAAUUUUACUUUAACCGGGUUGGCAAGUCUAAACCGUCGCUUAACCGGCUUUCUUAUCUUAGCCUGUAAUUAUAAAACCGCUCCUCCACUCAACGAACUCUAUUAGGGUAAAGCGGUACGCCGUUUACAUUGUUACUCACGAAACAGAGCUCUGGAUCCAUCUCAAUAAGCUCGAGCAAGAAUCGAUCCAUUGAGAUUGCGAAGAAAGAAACUUCAUAAUCUGAAAAGGUGGGAUGGAAAAGGAUCUCAGGGUAUUUGGAUCCGGUUAAGUAUAUAACAAAAUGUUUAUGCAGAUAUCAUUUACUCUCUCUCUUUCUUGAUUUAUCUUUUCUUGAGAAGUUGCUGAAGAUUGUUUUAUGAGAGUAUUAUAAGUCACCGCAUUUGGUAAUCAAGUGUUGCUUUCCCAAACGAAGUGACUUAUAAAGAUCUCAUGAUUAAUCGAUUUUUUGCAAGGUCUUGAAGAGAGUAAAGGACCAUGAUGUCCUGAGUGAAAAUGGAUUUAUCUUUCUUUUUUUUGUCUUAUAAUGUGCCAGGUCUCUUUGUGUGUUACUGUCCACUCUUUCUUUUUGUCUGGGUGAUAACAAGAUAAAUCCCAAGCAUCAUCCACCUUAUUAGCUUUGACAUAAACGAAGGCUUGUAAAAUGGAAGAUUCUUGGGAUUUAUCUUUUUGUAGUCUCCUCUUCUAAAAGAGUAAUGUCAACAUACACGGAAAUGAUUUCAAAUUCUAAAAGUGUUGCUUAAUGUUACAACAUACACGACAAUGAUUUCAGGCUUGUGGAGGAACAUGAUGCUUCUGUUUAUGGAUUUGUAAGCCAGAAACUUGAUAUUUGCUAAAGAAGUGUUAACCGUUUGCAUGUGUUAUAACUGAGUGUUUACACCCACUUUAUGUAUAAAUGGAAUAAGGUUGCUUUCCCCCAUCAGAUUAAAGACUAAGUGAUCAAGAUUUUAUCUUUUUGUUUCUUAGUUUGAACUUUUUUAUGUUCUCGUAAUGUAUUGAUCAAUGUGAUAUAAAAUAGAUAACAAUGUUGUGCCAAA